GUGCUGAGUGCGGAAUUGCUGGUCGGCAGCAGGCUGUGUGGCGCAACCGGAUCACCGACGGAACCAGGCACGCGCGAUGUGGCGCCGCGCGUGCGCAGUGGCGCUGCUGUGCACUGCACUCGCUCUCUGCGCCUGCAAGAGGGCCGAGAUGUCGGCGUCGCCGUUCGUAUUCACGCGCUACGGUCGCUCGUCGCCGGCGCACCACAUGGCUCAACGCGAUCGAUUCCACUUGGUGGGGCGCUACGGGAAGCGCUCCGGAAUGGACGACUCGCAGCUUAGGCGCGCGCACCACGCACUUGCGCUCGCGUUAGCUCGUCCAGACAGGAGAGACAGAGACAGACCGCGGGAAAUCGAGAGAGACGGCGCGUGGCGCGAGAGCUAUCCACCGUAUGUGGCAGCUCUGUUGCUGAGGAGUUACAACAAGAGGGCACCAGAAGUCGUGGACGUUUCUUCUGGAGAGAACUGAAAUAAAACUUGCCGAUACAUGAAUAACGUCACAGCACAAAUACUUUUUUUUCAAUCAUUGAUGUACAUUCCGCUCAAUCAACAUUAAAUAACUAGUUUUUGAUUUCUGUAACCACAGUUUCCAACCGAUAUAAGAAUUGCGUCUACAACAUCUCGAUUGGCUACAGAAGUUACACUCCAAAAUAAUGGUUUGGUAGUUAUCUGAUGGCAAUUUUCCAAUUUCUAACUCAAUUUAGAAAUACUGCUUUCGAGGUUUGACCGACAAUUUGAACUAAAUAAGUAUUUAAUUUAAACUCUCUUCUGAAAAAUUAGUGGUUAAUUCAGUUGGUUCCAAAUUAUAAGGCUGCGGAUUUGGAUCCAGCUUGAAAAACUAUAGACACUUAUUAGUUAGACUUUUAUAGUUCCUCUGCUCAAAUAGUCUGAUGUACAUUCACAAUUUCUUUUGGAAACUAUGUAAAAAUUAAAUUAACAUACUCGUAACAAUUUAUUUUAAUUACAAUAAUUAUUAAACAAUGGAAUUUUGAAAAUAAUGAAUACUAGUCAUCUAAAUCCUUCAAAUAAACACUGUUGUCUGUUGGUGUACGGUACAUGCAGAAUCUUUGAAUCUCCGCCGCCGUCCGCCAUUCGGCAACUGCCGGCCGUCGCUUGAACUAAACAAUUUGAGCGAACGAACUAAACUUACAUGUUAUUUAUUUAUAUUUGUUUUACGCAUAUUUGUAGUGAGCGCCAAGUUUCUCUAUUAAGUUGUUAGUAAUAUUAGCUAGAUAUAAUAUAAUGAAAUGUUUAUUGUACAGACUGAUGAAACAGUACUAAGAGCAUUAUACAAUACAUGUAAUAAAAUCGAUGCGACUUUUA